GUCGCAUGUCAUUGACGUCAUUACCAUCCGGCACGUCAGGGCGCACGCUGCUGCUUUUGGGAAAUAUUUUGCAGUGUCUUUAGCUUGGUGUUGGGUUCAUAUGCACUGUUUUCAUGGCAAAUGGAACAGGUGAUGUUGUGUUCUGUCGCGGAACUGGUCAGAGUGACGACUCGGACAUUUGGGACGACACAGCCUUGAUUAAAGCUUAUGAUAAAGCCGUGGCUUCAUUUAAAAAUGCUCUGAAAGGAGAAGACGCCAUGGCUCCACAUCCAAAAGAGAAACCUGGCAAUAAACGGAAAAACACCAAAAAGAGCAAAAGCAGAAAGAAAUGUAACACUGCUCCUGAUGGAGAGUGGAAAGUCGGGGAUGCCUGUUAUGCGUAUUGGUCUGAAGAUGGAAAAUUGUACGCUGCUACCAUUUCCUCAGUCGACCAUGCGAAAGGCACCUGUGUCGUAUAUUACAACGACUACGGGAAUGAGGAGGAGCAGAAUCUGAGCGACCUUCUCACAGACGCUGCAGAGUUGGAUGGGGAAUCACAAAAGAUGGCUGAGGGGAAAGAGGUGGAGUCUUCUACAGAGGAGAGUGAUAGGUCUUCUACUCCACAUCAGUCUAAUCAACAGAAACACAAAGCUAAAGGCAAAGCUCCAGUGGUGCCUCCUAUGUGGGGUCCUGGAUUUCCUCCUGUUCCUCCUCCUGGCUCUCACUUAAGAAUGUCUGACAGCAGAAGAGGAGGAGGCUCUGGACCUACUUUCCCUGGUUGGUCCCCAAUGAUCCCUCCAGGUCCACCGAUGAUCCCACCACCACCACCGAUUAGCCCUGACAUGUUGGAGGAUGAUGAGGCUUUAGGCAGCAUGCUGAUUUCGUGGUACAUGAGUGGCUACCACACAGGAUACUACCUAGGCUUAAAACAAGGUCGUAAAGAUGCCGCCGCAAAGAAGUCCCACCACAAAUGAAGCAAUUUGUAGUUAAUUAUGGUUAAAACUGACUUCAGACUCUGAUGAUGUUGCUGAAGUUCUACAAUAGAGUUCAUGUUCCAAGUCAUGUUUUGUAUUCUUUGUACAUAAAUGAAUUAAAUGUUAUAUGUCCUUUUUUUCAA